UAUCGUGGAAAAUCUCUGACCUUUCUUACUCUUUCGCGAUUCAAAGAACGAGAAUCCCCAAAUAUUCUCGAAGCAGAAAAGAGAAAAUAAAAACCCCUCAAAUUUCUAAACGAUUCGUUUUUGUUUAUUUGUUUGCGAGUUUUCGAAUUCCGGGUCAUAUUUCAUCAUCUUCUCUGCAACUUCGCCUUUUUCUUAUGUACUGUCUCAGGACUUUUGUAUAAUAGCUAUUGCAUGUUCGAGACCUUGGUGGGUUUUGACUUCUCAAUUCUCUGGAUAUCGGUGAUGUUUCUUUUUUAAUUUGAAGCCGGAAAAACUUGAACGAUAAUAUAUAGUUUGUGAUUGGAGGACGAAAGGGUUUUGCUUUCAUUAAAUUUUGGAAGAGAGUUGAGUGAUUUGAAUUGGGUUUUUAGGGAUUUUUAGCUGGUUAGAUCGACAUACCUGAAAUCUUUGACUGGGUAUUGCAGAAGAAUAAAUUAUUGCAUCUGAGAGUUCGAUUUAUGAGUAAAUUAUUGCAGUUGGUUGAUAUUUGACGGCUGGGAACUGACUUUAGGAGGUUGGAGAUUAUAUACACUGAAAUUUUGGUAUGGAUGAUGCCCAGGGAAAUUUUUGACUGGAGUUUGGGGAUUACGUACACUGGAAAUUUUGGUAUGGAUGAUGCCCAGGGAAGCUCAAGUUCACUCCCUCCAUUCCUUACAAAGACAUAUGAGAUGGUGGAUGACGCUUCCACGGAUUCUAUUGUGUCAUGGACUGCAAGUAAUAAAAGUUUCAUUGUAUGGAAUCCGCCAGAGUUUGCAAGAGAUUUACUUCCAAGAUUCUUCAAGCACAAUAACUUUUCUAGCUUUAUCAGACAGCUUAAUACAUAUGGUUUCAGGAAAAUUGAUCCUGAACGGUGGGAAUUUGCAAAUGAGGAUUUUUUAAGUGGUCAGCCUCAUCUUUUGAAAAACAUACACAGACGCAAACCAGUUCAUAGUCAUUCCAUUCAGAAUCUCCUAGGUCAAGGAGCUUCUGCUUUAACAGAAUCAGAGAGGCAGAAUUUAAGUGAUGAGAUUGAGAGACGUAAGAAUGAAAUAGAAUCGCUUGUUUUAGAGUUAAAGAGGCAUGAACAGGAACGGCAAGGAUUUGAGAUGCAAAUGCGGGUUUUGAGGGAACGUUUCCAUAAUAUGGAGCAGCGGCAGCAAAUAAUGGUGUCUUCUGUGGCUCGAGUCUUGCAGAAACCAGGACUUGCCAUAGAUCUGACACCACAAUUGGAGGUUAAUGACAGAAAGAGAAGGUUGCCUAGAAUUGCUUACUUAUAUGAUAAAGCUGGGAUUGAAGAUAAUCAGACAGGCAAUUCUCUAAUUGCUAGAGAAAAUGCAGAUAGCUCAUCAUUGUCCAACAUGGAGCCAUUUGAUAAAUUAGAGUCAUCCAUGGUGUUUUGGGAGAAUGUGGCACACGAUUUUGGUCAAACUAACAUUCAACUUAAUUCAAACCUAGAAUUGGAUGAAUCAACAAGUUGUGCAGAAAGCCCAGCAAUAUCUUGCAUACAACUUUAUGUUAAUGCUCGACCUAAUUCCCCUGGGAUUGACAUGAACUCUGAGCCCGUCGCCAUUGUUGCUUCUGAGCCAGUUAUAGCAAAGGAACAAGCUGCAGUGAACACUGCACCUGAAGCAGCUGGGGUUAAUGAUGUAUUCUGGGAGCAAUUUUUGACUGAAAAUCCUGGUUCAACUGAUACUCAGGAAGUUCAGUCAGAAAGAAAAGAUUCUGAUGCCAGAAAGAAUGAAAGCAAACCUAGUGAUCAUGGCAGAUUUUGGUGGAGUAUGAAGAAUGUAAAUUACCUUGCAGAACAGAUGGGGCAUCUUACUCCUGCGGAGAGAACUUGAUAUUAGUUGAUUAUUUUUUACGGCUUUUGAUGCCUCAAUAUUUCUGACGUACUAAAUCUAGGUGUGGUUGGUUUGAUGUGGAAACAAGUAGAUACUUAUGUUUGAGUUCAUCUUCUGGAGCAUGUCAUGAUCUAAUGUUCACCACCCUUGUUCAUUUGUUUUUAGGUGCUAUAUAUCUAUAGUGAUUCACAUGGCCUCUUUUUUACUGCUUCAAUAUACUUCACUUAUGCUUCACAUAUUUUUGAGGAAUAAUGCCAAUUUUAGCGUAUUUAUAAGGUCAGCAUGUUACCAUCUUUAUUUUAUGGCUGCCUGCAUAAAGGAGUGUCUGUUUUAGAUUGCAAUUUGCAUGC